CCCCGCCCCGCGGGGGGAAUGGCCGGUUGGGGGGUGUAUGCGGAGAGGCAGACGGGUCCCGCCGGGGCCGGGGGCGUUCUAACGGCGGAUCCCCUCCCCCAGGGUCUGUCACGGCUGGAAGAGGCUGGUGGACGACCAGUGGCUGUGGCGACACGUGGACCUGACACUCUACACGGUGGAUUUUGCCUGACUUGUUUCCACGAGAGCUGGUCAUUCCAAAGGGAGGAGAGGACUGGUGGGGAGCUCUGCUUUCACGCUGGCCGUGGUUCUCACUGCUGUCCUCCGUGCCGACUCAUAGUGACCCUGUAGCACGGCCGGGAACCUGCACCAUGCGGUUUGCUCCCCCUCCACACUCCCCACAUUGCUUAUGUUUGAAGUCCUAAAAUUCAGAAGGGUGGGGUCACAUGAUCUUGUUGCCCUUGGGAGGGGUCACGGAUCGCUUGGGGCCUUGGGAGCCUUGCUCCUCUGGCCCCAUAACCCUGCUCUCUGGCUCUUACAGAUGCGGCCCAAGGUCAUGUGGCACCUCCUGCGCCGGUACAUGGCCUCCAGGCUCCACUCCCUGCGGAUGGGCGGCUACCUGUUCUCUGGCUCCCAGGCCCCGCAGCUGUCCCCCGCCCUGAUGAGGGCCCUGGGCCACAAGUGCCCCAACCUGAGGCGCCUGUGCCUGCACGUGGCCGACCUGACCAUGGUGCCCAUCACCAGCCUGCCCUGCACCCUGCGGACCCUGGAGCUGCACAGCUGCGAGAUCUCCAUGGUCUGGCUCCUCAAGGAGCAGGACCCCACCGUGCUGCCCCUGCUCGAGUGCAUCGUGCUGGACCGUGUGCCCGCCUUCCGGGACGAGCACCUGCAGGGCCUGACGCGCUUCCGUGCCCUGCGCUCGCUGGUGCUGGGCGGCACCUACCGAGUGACCGAGACGGGCCUGGAUGCCAGCCUGCAGGAGAUGAGCUACUUGCAGAGACUGGAGGUCCUGGGCUGCACGCUGUCGGCCGACAGCACCCUGCUGGCCAUCAGCCGCCACCUCCGAGAUGUGCGCAAGAUCCGGCUGACCGUCAGGGGCCUCUCUGCCCCUGGCCUGUCAGUCUUGGAGGGCAUGCCGUCCCUCGAGAGCCUAUGCCUGCUGGGCCCGCUCAUCACCCCGGAAAUGCCCUCGCCGGCGGAAAUCCUCUCCUCCUGCCUCACCAUGCCCAAGCUCAGGGUGCUUGAGUUGCAGGGGCUGGGCUGGGAGGGCCAGGAGGCCGAGAGGCUCCUGUGUAAGGGACUGCCCCACUGUAUGGUCAUCGUUAGGGCCUGCCCCAAAGAGUCCCUGGACUGGUGGAUGUGAUGGUGCUGCCUGCUCCUCAGACCUGGCGCCCUGCCCUUCCCAGCCUUGACCGUUGCUCAGAGCAGCACCUUGAAGAGGGCGGAUCCCCAGACGGAGCCCCGAGGCUCCAUGGCAGCAGAGAGAAGGGAAGCUUCCAGACUGGGGGCCUGCCUCUGUGAUUGCCAGCUGUGUGGCCUCCGUCACACCAGUCAGCCUCUCUGAGGCCUUGUCCCCACAGCCGCCACUGGGGACUAUAGCUACCUCAUGGCUAUGUUGCAAAGCCUUACUCUUUACCAGCCUCUGGUCCUGAGACGGUCCUUCCCAAAGGGACAGGGCGGAUGCAGAAGUGUAGGGUAAGAGUCAGGGACCCCCUCUCCCCCUUCCUAGGAGCCAUUAAGAACCGUGUGUGCCUGUGCUCCCACGUGCCCACACAUGGCAUUUUAUAUCUACACGCAGGGGAGGGGCACAGAGAGAAAGUGCAACUGAGAACUGCGGUUUGAUGAUCAGUGUUAAAGUUCAAAGUUGUAUUUUCUAUGCUGUAUUUUCCACUACACAGGUUAUUUUGCUAUUAAAGAAAACUAAUCUUU